GGGGCAGGCGCGGCGGGAUUUUUUCCCCCCUUCUCCGUAACCCUCACGCCCCUUAGUUGUGUGGAUGUGGUUUUCGUUCAAAGGAGAAGGAGUAGAAGAAGAAGGCAGCUCCGGACUGACGGGGCAGGCGGGAUGAAGAAAGGCGCUUCCCGGCCGUGCGGACAACAAGGACGCGACCACUACGACGACGAUUACUACCACCAGCGCCUCGUCCUGCAACUAGGCCCCACCGCGGCGUUGCCAUGGAGACGAGGAACGACGGUGGCCGCCGAGGGGCACAAAGGCUCCCGGACCGGCGCCUGAAGCGGCUUCCGAAGGGAAAGGACGCCGACGCCAUGGAGGUAGGCCGCGGCCCGAGCCAAGCCGCCUCCCCGCCGCUUCCUCCGCCGCCCCGGUACCGCCUGGUGGCGGAAAUCGGCCGCGGGGCCUACGGCGUGGUCUACGAGGCCCUCUCCGGCCGCACGGGGGCCCGCCUGGCCGUCAAGCGCAUCCGCUGCGACGCGCCCGAGAACGUGGAGCUGGCCCUGGCCGAGUUCUGGGCCCUGACCAGCCUGCGGAGGAGGCACCCCAACGUAGUGCGCUUCGAGGAGUGCGUGCUCCAGCGGGACGGGCUCGGGCAGCGCAUGAGCCACGGCAACAAGCAGAGCGCCCUCUACCUCCGCCUCGUCGAGACCUCCCUCAAAGGUGAGAGGAUCCUGGGUUAUGCUGAAGAACCUUGUUAUCUCUGGUUUGUCAUGGAAUAUUGUGAAGGAGGAGAUCUGAACCAGUACAUUCUUUCACGCAGACCGGACCCUGCCACCAACAAGAGUUUUAUGCUCCAGCUGACGAGUGCCAUUGCCUUUCUGCACAAGAACCACAUUGUGCACAGGGACCUGAAGCCAGACAACAUCCUGAUCACAGAGAAAUCAGGCGCUCCAAUUCUCAAGGUGGCGGACUUUGGCCUCAGCAAAGUUUGUGCUGGCUUGACUGCUCGAGGCAAGGAUGGGGGGAAUGAUAACAAAAAUGUGAAUGUGAACAAGUACUGGCUAUCAUCCGCUUGCGGCUCAGACUUCUACAUGGCUCCUGAAGUCUGGGAGGGACACUACACUGCCAAGGCAGACAUCUUUGCCCUGGGCAUCAUUAUCUGGGCAAUGAUCGAAAGGAUAACGUUUAUUGAUGCUGAGACCAAGAAGGAGCUGCUGGGGACCUACAUCAAACAGGGGACUGAGAUUGUACCCGUUGGGGAGGCACUGCUAGAAAACCCAAAGAUGGAAUUGCACAUCCCCCAGAAACGCAGGACUUCUAUGUCUGAGGGGAUCAAGCAGCUCUUGAAAGACAUGUUAGCUGCUAACCCACAGGACCGACCCGAUGCCUUUGAGCUUGAAUCCAGAAUGGACCAGGUUACAUGUGCUGCUUAAACUCAGGUCAGACAGCGUUGAUGUGCUUUGAAAACUGGGGUUUUCUUACCAGGGACCUACACUCUCUAUGAUUUACAUGCAUUGAGGAACGCUGAAGAUGGUCCAGGUCAAACACCAGUAUCUCUGGCAAAGUGGAGCCCUGAAAGAUUCUUCUUAAAAGUUCCAGUGAGACGCAAAAAGGGCAGAAGCUAUUCUAACCCAUUUCAUUAUGAGACUGUUAACAUUUUUCUCUAAAUUUAUGUAUUCCCCUCCCUUCUGCCAACUCAGCUUUGUUUACCGACUAAAUCUGUGCAGGUACUUCUGGAAUUCCUCUUUCACCUAAACAAAAUAUUUGGGAAAAUCUGUAUAUUUUUUCCUGCUGCUGCUAUGUACUGGAAUUCUGGGCCAAAAUGUUCAUAACAUUUGUUCUUGGUGCAGUUUUAAGCUGGGAGAGAUUUGUUUGGGGUGUUGAGAUCUAUUCCUAUGUAUGAGCAAUGUUUUUGUGGCUGCUACUGAGCCUCUGGAGGUAGAAAUAAAAUGCAAGAUGGGCAGGCCCCAAGACCCCACGUCCCUUCAUAAAACUGUUUUUGGCAGUGGAACAUGAUAGGAAAAUCUCAUGAUGACACUUAAAGUGGAAAACUUCUGUUAGGUGGCCCAUGAAUUAGAACCACUGUUUGACAAUAACAGGCCUACAUUUCAGUGUGCCAUGUUUCACAGUAUUUAUGGUAGUAUUUGUGGAGGGUGUGCACACAUGAGUAUGUAAUCCUGUAUAAAUGAGGCUUGUCUGUUCAACAAAAGCUUGCACUUGCUAGGGACUGCUGACUUGCUUGGUUGUGUAUCUUGCUUGAAUGACCAUGAGAGCCAAAACCUUUAGGCUGAUCCCUCUUUGUGAAUCUCUUUUGUGUUCGUUGUCUAUUUGGCUUUGAACCUGCUUGAGGACUUGGAUAGAUCCUGAGUAGAUCUGACUCACUGUAAAUGGCAGUGUAAAGCACAGUUUCUUCCUUGCCCUAAGUAGAUGCAAAUAACACACAUACAUGCACUCACAGUUGGACUUGCCCUACAGGCUUCUGGCUUGAAAAAAAAACCUGUUUCUGGCAUGCCAUCAUAGCUGUAGACCUAGCUGACCUCACCCAUGAAGAGUCUUGACACUACAGUUGCUGGAUGGUUUUGAGGGCAAGCUUCUUGCUCUGGUACUGUUCUUGGUUGGCAUUCUGUUCCUUGCAUUGUCAUGAUACAUAGCAGUGAAGGAAAGCUGCUAGAUCACAGCCAUAAAACCAAACCAACACUUUGUACUAGCUCACUUUUAGGAUUGCUUGUGUGUAUCUUCACACUAGUGCUGAGCCCAAUAUCUGUAGACAACCCUUGUGAGAUUCUGGAGAAGGUGGUGUGCUGUUUGUGUUGUGCCUCUUGAAAGACUUUGCUCCUUAGAAUGCAGGCCGUGAAAAAAGUCACUUUUGUCUACUGUGCUGAUCCAUUCUCAUCUGCAUUACAAAUCUUUCUGGGAUGUGGGCUACCACAACCAGCUCAUGGGUAAGCCAACUUCUUCCUUGGGUGGUAAUUUGUGGCUUAGGAAAUUUGCUUAUGGAUUCCAGACCUGCCAUUUGCAAAUUCCUCUUGGUCUUGUUUAACUAAGUCCUAGUAGUUUUAAACUUAUUUUCUUCUCUCUGCAAAUCUCCACUCAAAAAAAUGAUAACUGUAUUAGAUAGAUGCCUAAAGACAAAUUGCAAGACUUGCAAACUGGGAUAACCAACCAAAGGGAACAAAAAGCUGUUUACUGCUUAAUUGAUGGGCAUUUUGGUGCUUGAUAAAUGCAGUUGUAGAUUCUGGACUUUCUGAUUUAUACCAGAAUCUAUCUUAUGAAUGGGCUUUCUGCAGUUUCUUUUAAUAGAUGACUAUCGAAUUUUAGGGACAUUGAAACAUUGUUUCUCAUGUCCAAUAAUAAAUUCCAGCCACUGAAAUUAUGGCAGUUUAAAAUAAAAUGGCAAAAUUUUCAUAAUCUAGUUACUUUCCAUGAUUCUCUGAUGUGACAUCCCACCCAGCCACAUUCAAGUACUAAACCGCAUUCUUCCAAACAAUAGGAUGGUUAUUUCUCUCUCUUGAAGAUUUGUGAGAGUUGGUUUAGGUCUGGAACUCAUCUGACAAGCAAGCUGAAACUAUUUUCUAAGAGGAGUAAAUCUUAGAAGUCUUUCUGAGCUGUUUCUACCUUCCUGUAUCACAGGACAGCAGGAUAAAAAGUAUGAGUCAUUAAGACCGUCUGUGUUGACCAUGCCUAUGGCACACACUACUGUUUACUAGUUAGUGAUUGUAUCAGUUUGCAGUAGAGAUCCUGUGGAUGCAGGCCAUCUCAAUCUGCAUUUUAUGGACCAGAUAAACUUAUUUCAUGUUCGUACCAGAGCAUGUGCAAAUGUGAGACUUCUUUAGCGCCAAGUAGCCCUUGCCUUUCAUAUCUGCAUUUUGGAUGAUGAGGGAGGAAACGAUGCUCUAGUCCUUCAGAAGAGUUCUUUGGGCAAACACAAACAUCUACACGGCUCGGUCCAUUCUUAAAACAUUACCACCUCAGUACUUCUGUAUCUUCAAACACAAACACACCCUCUCUUUUGUUUGUGCUGCAGUUAGGGUUGUGCUUUUGUUGUGGUAGCUAGACCACAGUGCCUUAUUGGAGGUUGAAGAACUCCUACAGAGACAGCAUUAGGCUGCAGAGGAAAGUUUCCAUUUUGUGUUCUAUUUCAUUGUCUUCCCAAGUCUGCUCUGCCCUCCAGUCUCUUACCUGGAUUGGCUUUAUUUAUUGUUGAUGGCGUGCCCCUAAAGUCUUCACAGAUGUUUUCCUCAGUUGACCAUGUCAACUUCCAGCCCAUUUCAUUUUGGGAUAGCCUUUACCAAAAAAAAAUAUUCAGUUACCAUAUUCUUUAAAGAGAUAUAUCCAGAUCAUCCUUAAUCUGGCUGCUGACUCAUAAAUUUAGGUUGUGUGUCUGGAUGAGUGUUAGUACCAAUAAAAAUGUUUGACCUGAGAUCCCAUGAACUCCAGGUAAGUCUGUAUUCAUAGGGGUUCUCUCCCAGUGGAAAUUGCUUACCUGUUCCUGAGGGAUGUGAGAUGUCACUAACAGAGUAUGGCACAUGGUUUUCUGGCUUUCUUGUAUUGCGAGUGUGAUUUUAUUGAACUGUUUACAUCAAACUCAACUGUUUACAACUGGUGAUGCAGACUGAAUUUUGCCAGACAUUUUCUCAGAUAGAUGCUGAGACUACUAUAGAGGGACUGUGAGCAGCAUUUCAUGCCUGGCUUCAGCUUCGCAAUGUUCUGCCAUUCACUCUCUUUCUUGGGUCUUUCAUAAACAGAACAGGGAAGGGAGUAGCCAGCUAUGAAACGGGAAGUGUGGCAUCCCUUCAAGUGUACAAUAUGGUCUGUCCGUGUUUGCCCUCCCAUGUGCUACCCACCUAUGUGCUGUGGCAUCCCCAUCACCCAUUCAGUGCUACACACAGGUUACCUCAUUGGAUCUUGAUUUCUACAAGGGAGAAAGGGCAUCUGACCUUGCUUUGCUUUCUUCGAAUCUGGAAAAAAGCUCAAGCUAUCUUUCAGCCUUAGUGUUGCCCUAGAGCUGAAAGUAAGCAAAGAAGUCCUACAUUUUGGUACAGCCUUGUAACAACAUCUGGGUUUAAACAUAAUGAAGGGGGAAGGGGGUGUGUGGAUUUCUUGGUCACUGGCUAGGUCAAGUUGUAAUCAUCUCACCCAGACAUCCUCAAACUGUGGCCAUCCAGCUGUUUGGGUCUCGAAUUCCCAGGAAACCUAGUCAGCUCAUUCAGUGGUCAGGAAUUCUCGGAGUUGGGGGGCCCAAGCAGCUGAGGGCUGAAGUUUGAGAUUGCCUGAUCUCACUUGAACAGUUACCUCCAACACUCCAAAGGCAUAAGGCUGUGACCUUCUUAGGUUGCGUCCUGUGGGCUUUUGGGAUAAAACUAGGACGUGAAACUUGAAAUCACGCUGGCACUAUGCAAAACAGUCCCACUCCCAGGCUCAUUCCAACACUGGCUGAAGAUUUUGAGCUGCCCAUGGAGCAACUGUAGCAUUGGCCCUGGCCAGUUCUUUCCAUGUGAAUAUCUUCAUAGGAACUGUGGUCCUUAGCCUGCAAUAGGGUGACUGGGCAUGGUUUCUUAUUGCACUGGGCCAGGAUUGGGCUUGCCUUGGCUCGUAGCAGUUGAGAGUUUACCCACUUGGCUGUUUGGGGUGCUACUAAAACCCAGAAGCAUGCAGUAGUUGAGCCCAUGCCAGUCAUCUUUAUCAGCACAACCUCCAUGAGAGCAGAAGAGGCAACAGGGAGAGCUGAAGACACCCAACUUCCCCCUUUGAAUAAAGUUUCCUGGAAGGUUGGCCUGUCCUAUGCUCUUGCAACUGUCAUUUCAUCAACUCACAGCUCUUUGUGUCACCUUCAGUAUCUUUUUGACGUUUGUACUGCCCUUUUAAAUGAAACUAGUUUCAUGACUUACUUCCUUUGUUUCCUCUUGCUGCUAUUCCUGUUAUAUUUUAAGGGUCAAGGUGCUAGGAUUGGAUUGCUAUUGUCUCCCCCCCUCCUUCAGGAUCCCAGACUGUGCCUCUCUGACACUGCCAGAAUCUUUUUUUAAAGCAAUAAAAUACCCUCACCCCAUCCCAGUAAGAGAGACACAGUCUAUGAAUUCUUUGUUGUUUUUGCUUUUUGCAUAUGUCUUUUUUUUUUUGCAACAAAAAAACCUCCCUAGUUUGAGUUUAAGCCUGCCUGGGUUCCACUGUGGCAUCCAUUAAACCAAGACAACAGGUAAACAGCAUGCUAUUUCCAGUUUCUUAAACACUUAAAUGUUGGGACUAAUUGUUAUCAGAAUAUUCAAAUGCAAGCUCUCUAGAUGAACAGUUGCCAAAAACAAAAAAAGUACUGCUUGGAUUGCUUUCCUCCCAAACAUGAAUUCAUGGGAUGCCAGGACAUGAUAAGCAAGAUGGAAAAGCUACCUCACAGCCUCCUCUUGCAGUUGGGACCCAAUGCAAGCCUCCUUUCAAGGGUGUGUGAAAAUCAACAGAUACUAGGAGAAGAGGGAGCUCUUUUAGCUGGUCUGCCAGUCUUGGAGCUGUAUUAUUUCAGUUUGCAGCAGGAGAAGGAGAGAAGCAUGCAAUGGGUUCCUCUUCCUGAGGAAAACACUUGGGAAACUGACAUUGUGGGGAGAGAGACGCCAGACUUCUCCUUGGCGUCCACCUAUGGCAAAGCAGAAGGGCAUGCUUUCAUGUUGAAAGAGCAUUCUCUUCCAUAAUCCCUGAAAUGUUAUGGCAGAGAUAGAGGUAGGCCACCUUAGUGGGAGAAUUAAAUCAACACAGAGACAGGGAGAAAUUACUCUUGUUUUAUACAUAUUAAUUUGACCUCGGUCCUUCAACCUACACACUUGUGCAUAACAAGUAAAGGCUUAAACCCAGGUGUCUCAAAACAGUUUCUGAUGUUUGUCUGAAAAAAAUAACGCCUCCUUUUUCUUUGCACAGAAGCUGGUAAUCUAGGACCUGUGUGUGAACAACUUUAUAUUUUUGUUAUAAAAAGACGAAAAAGAAAAAUUGGUUUACUUGGGUUGGUGUGAGACAUUGUAUUUAAGUUCCUUUUGAACACUGUGGAAAUCCUGAUUGUGUGUGAAUGGCAGCAGCUUUGUAAAUUAAAGAGACAGUUUGUGUGAAUAAAGGUAGUGGAUGGGGUUGAAAAGCCAUACCCAGUUUUAAAAGCAA